AUGAUAGGCGAUAGAGCAGAUCCUUCGGGAGAGGGCGGGCCUAACAACACGCAAGCUGCUUGGCGUGAACGAGAGCAAAGACAACGAUCACUAAGAUUUCCUUUAAUGUUCUUACUUAUGAUGUUGCUGAUGGACGGCGAAGAGCAAAACCAACAGCGGAAAAACUUCGACAGAAAAACUUUGCGAAAGGAAAUGCAAGGGAUGGAAAAAGCGAUUAUUAAGUCUGUAUACUUACAGAGACAUCGACAGGAUGCAGUGAUUCAAUCCAUCGUAAGGGAGCACCACAGAUACAAGUAUCUAAUAGAAAGGAAUGAGGGGAAAGAUGUGUAUGAACAAAUGCGAAAUUGGAAUGAAUCGCAGUCCGAAAAUAUCUCCGGCUCACCCCAGGAUGAAGUUAGGUUCUAUCCGUGGAAUUGUAGUGGUAGCUACCAUGGAGAUUGGACACGAAUUGAAAGCACGAGAAAUGGACUUCGUCUUGACGAAAGUGAAAAUUUGCAGAACCCAGGCGUGACAAAGCGAAGUCUGCCAAGCUCACAGAGUAAGAUGUCCCACGAAUUCGAAAGGCUCCAGUCGAUUGGGGUGUACAAACUUCCGCAUGGGAGGUGUCUUUCAUUUCACAAUGCCUUGGCGCCAAACAAAGACGCAAGCAACGGAGGUUAUUCCAAAGAAAAAGUGCUGCCCCAUGGGCCAUGGCGAAGUGAAGAAAGCUCCGAAAAUCCUCUUUUGGCACUGACAAGAGAAUCAGGGAAGGUUGCCUUCCACCUGUAUUCCCGUCCUGUUCCUGCAAUGAAAGAAAUUAGCAUAAUCGAUGGGUUUGCCAAAAUAUACGACACAGCCACUCCAGGCUACUCUACGGGAAGGGAUAUUGUCUUGCGGGUUUCAGGCGUGCUCAUUAGAUCGCUUGGACGUAUUUCACUGGUCUCGCGGUCAUCAUCUGGCAUAAGUUCAUUCUACCUCAAGGGUUUAGAGAAGAGCUUUCUAAGGUCACAAGAAGUUCAAAGCGAUAAUGCAACCAACACAGUGCAAGCACCAGACAGAAGACUUGAAACUGCCCAACUGCAGAAUUCUACAAAUAUCGAUAGUCUUGUAACGUUCAGUGAAGAGAAGUACCCCGAAUUCAGCACCAAAGAACUGAUGAGACAGCUUGGUGACAGCAUUAAUGUUUCGUCUUCAUGUGAUAAACCUGGAUUGGUUUUCCCCUAUCCCUUCGUUGCAGACGACAAAGACCACACCCUUCGCCGGGUUCCACAACAAGCUAUCCGUCCAAAAUCACGCAAAGAACAGCUACUAGAGAACAAUGCCGGUGGUUGCGAUUUCGAGUUUACUUUAGAUGUCCGUGACGAAGAAUGGAAUUUCAAGGACUUGUUGGAGGCAGUUGGAAAAGAACAAACCACGAAUAUUCUGAUGGAUGAUUCAGGAAAAGAGGACAAAUCUAGAUCUGCCCGUGCCUUGCCGGGCGAAAAGAAGAAAGUGAAGAAUGGGAGACGAGAGCGGCAUUUUGUAACGGUUCUGAACGGGACCAUCUUUUCUCCGAACUGCAACAACUUUUCUGCAAGUCUAAAUGCGACAGCGCUUCGUGUAGACAUAGAUCGCCCCGUGGAUAGUGCGAUGAACUAUUCCUUCUACAUGAUGCUAACAUGUCUGACACAAAUAGUUCUUUUGUUACGACAGCUACUACACACCCAGGCACAAGGGGCUGCGAAUAAGGUGUCAUUGGUCUCCAUCGGGUGCCAAGCAACACUCGACGCAAUUUUGUGUCUUACCCAUGUAUACCUGAGUGUGAUAAUGCCGUUUGCUUUCACUGCUCUUGCAAGCGUUGCUUUCUUCAAGCUACUAAUUUUCUGUGUUGUCGAGCUGAAAUUUAUGGCAAUUGUACUCCAGGCUCGGAACUCAAAUACACCUGGAAACUCUGCUGAGAAUUUGAGGCGGCAAAUAACCCGAAUGCACCUCCGGUUCUACCUAUCCCUUGGGUUGAUUCUAUUAUUUCUUUUCUACGGUUGGGGAUCCUACAAAAGACUUUGUAUUCUUUCUCUGUAUUCAUUCUGGGUUCCCCAGAUUUUCAGAAAUGUUGCCACUGAAUCCAAGCGUGCUCUGCGGCGCCAAUAUGUUUAUGGAAUGAGUUUGACGAGACUUCUUGCCCCCUUCUUUGUAUUUUCAACAGAGUCAAGCUUUCUGAAAGAGUUGUUUCCUGGCACCAUUGCGGACACUGGCUUGUGCCAAUUACUUGUUGUUUGGAUAGGGAUACAAGCAGCUCUCCUUGAGGCGCAAGACAGAUUUGGGGCACGCUUUAUGAUACCAGCUCCUUUCCUGCCUCCUAAGUUUGACUACUUUCGCCCAAUUCCAGGGCAUUUGCUCCCUGCCGGGUCCCAGACAGGAGCUUUGUCCGAGACCUGUAACGUGAGCAAUCAUUUUGCUGAUGGGAGACCUGUCAUGUCUAGAACAAAUGGCCAAUCGAGUGGCUCCGGAGCAAGACAUAGAAAUCGAGGAAGCCGCACUAGAGUGGGGUCCGGAACAACAAGUGAAAUAGCGGGCACACCUGGAAGCAGGGGUUUGUUGCGGCUUGAUUGCGUAAUAUGCUACAAUGACAUUGAUGUUCGGAGUAGACAGAGCUACAUGCUUGCACCUUGUAAUCAUGUUUUCCACAAAGAGUGUCUUAUGCGUUGGAUGGAGGUGAAGAUGGAGUGCCCUGUAUGCCGAACAGAUCUCCCUGCCAUAUAA